AUGCCUAAAGGAGGGAGAAAGGGCGGCCACAAAGGCCGAGCAAGACAGUACACAAGCCCUGAGGAGAUUGACGCCCAGCUCCAGGCUGAGAAGCAGAAGGCAAGGGAAGAAGAGGAACAAGGAGAAGAGGGUGGAGAUGGGGCUACGGGUGACCCCAAAAAGGAGAAGAAAUCUCUAGACUCAGAUGAGAGUGAGGAGGAUGAAGAUGACUAUCAGCAAAAGCGCAAAGGCGUGGAAGGGCUCAUCGACAUUGAGAACCCCAACCGAGUGGCACAGACAACCAAAAAGGUCACGCAGCUGGACCUGGACGGGCCGAAGGAACUUUCGAGGAGGGAACGAGAAGAAAUUGAGAAGCAGAAAGCAAAAGAGCGUUACAUGAAAAUGCACUUAGCUGGGAAAACAGAGCAGGCCAAGGCCGACCUUGCCCGGCUGGCGAUCAUCAGGAAGCAGCGGGAGGAGGCCGCCAGGAAGAAGGAAGAGGAGAGGAAAGCAAAAGACGAUGCGACACUGUCAGGAAAACGAAUGCAGUCGCUCUCCCUGAACAAGUAAAGUGGCCAUGGGGGAGAGGAGAAGUGGGGACCGGGCCCCAUCGCCAGGACAUCUGCGUGCGGCCUGCCCUGUGCCCUGGCGCCGCUGCAGCAGCCCCUCACGGCUAGGAGCCCCCCCUCCCCCCCGGGGCCUCCUUUUCAUCUUGGCACAGAAAUCGUUUGGGGGAUGGUGGGUGGGGGGUCUUGGGGGAGGGAGCAGCUGCUAUCUUCCGAGAGGGAAAGAUUCGGGAAAGCAUUUCAUAUGUAACCAUUUGAAUGUUUGCUGUUUUUGGAAUUC